AUGCAUGCUCGUCGUGCUCUGCCCGCAGCCAGGCGUGCCGCUCUGCUCCGUGUGGGUCUUGUUCAAAUCACACAAGGAGAAAACAGCCCCGCCCAGAAGCGCCGCAGAGACCCGUCGACCGAAACAAGGCUCUCCCGGAUCGUCAAGUCGCAGAGCCUGAACUGUAUCGACGCUGUAUACAACGGGUGGCUCUACGAGCUUCGGUUGCCCCAGAGAAUCUCGCACUACUGCUCCGUGUUCGCCGCUUACGUCUCCAUCAUGAAGGGCGAGGAGCUAAGGUUCACGCCCGAAGAGCUACGCAACGCUCACGAGCUUGUGCGAACACCCAUGCGCCGUUCGGACGACUCGCCGAUCAAAACGUUGGCGGACGCGCUGGCGCUCGAAAUGAACAAGCAAGUCCUUACCAGGCACACUCUCCGCAUCCAGCAUGCUUCGGCCGCGCUUCUUCCGCGCCCCGCGCCCCACCCUGGCCAAGCUCGAUGCGCACUCACAUGA